AUGGAUCUCGGUGAGGAUGUCGGGGGAGAUCGAGAGGAAGAUGAGAGUUCAGGAUUAGGUCAGGAUAUUCUGCUUUAUGGAAAAGUGAUGUUGCAUAUAGGUAACUUGGUUGUUUUGUUUUUUUUUAAGGCCCCAGCUUACCAUCUAAUUCUGGAAGGUAUCCUCAUUUUGUGGAUAGUAAGACUACUUUUCUCCAAAACCUACAAACUUCAGGAGCGUUCUGACCUGACAGAAAAGGAGAAAGAAGAACUUAUUGAGGAAUGGCAACCCGAGCCACUUGUUCCGCCAAUAUCAAAAGACCACCCUGCCCUUAACAACAAUAUUGUCUCAGGCCCUCCAACUCACAACAUAGUGGUUAAUGAUAGAAGGUGCAUAAAUUUUGCGUCCUUCAAUUUUCUCGGGUUGCUAGAUAAUGAAAAAGUUAAGAAUGUGGCUUUGGCUUCACUGAAAAAAUAUGGUGUUGGUACAUGUGGACCUAGAGGGUUUUAUGGAACAUUUGUUGAGAAAUAUUAAUUCAAGACCCACCGCAAUCCUGUGGGAUCAAGGGAGUCGCUGGACGUAUACAGGGGAUACAGGAGUUUACUGAAGAAGGAAAUCAGGAGGGUGAAAA